UGUGUACCGAGAUCGUGAUUAAGGGAUGAGUAAAAGGCACACAAAGCCUAACAACAAUUUAACAAUGGAAUCUCACACAAAGAUAUUUAACUAGAGAGAGCACUUUUAUUUAUAAUUAAAGGUUUGAAUUAGUAUCACAGAGUAAGUAUUAAUUAUUGAAUUCAAUGAACUGAAUAUUAAAUGAAUCAAUUUAAAUUGAGGACAGAAGGAAAAGGAAGCAGAAGUCUUAAAGAUUUCUGAUUAAGGAUACAACUUUAGAAUAGAACACGGAUGAGUCUUAAUGACUAAAGAGCAGCUUAAUGAUGACUGACUUAUUACAAGUGACAACUGACCCUGAGUAAGGAAAAGGAAACAGUUUAUAUACAUUUGUUUGAUUGUGAUAAGAAAACUUGUUAGUAAAGAUUUGACCAAUGAGAAGUAUGUGAAUGAUAAAAUGAUAAUGAUUGAUGAUUAAAAAAUGAUUAAGGGGGAAAGAAUGAGAUUACGUGUCAACCCCUUACAAUUACAUCAGUCACCACAUGUUUACAUUUUCCUUCAAGCUGUUUAUGUUGCAAAGUAAUGCUAUUAUUACAAGUUUCAAAUAAUUAAAGUUAACAAUUUCUUGGUGAUUUGUUAAAAUGGUGAAUCAAUUGUUGAUUUUAUAUGCCGGUGAAACAGGCAAUAGUGAAGAUGUUGCUAGAAUGGUUUAUCGUGCAGCUAAAAAGCUAGGAUUACAGUCUAAAGCAAUGUCAAUCAGUGAUUAUCAGAUGAGCCAAUUAAUUGACGAAACAUUGGUAUUAUUUAUUUGCUCGACCACAGGACAAGGCAAUGAACCUACGCCUUUAAAACGAUUUUGGACUCUAAUUAUGAGAAAAAAUCUACCUAAUGAUUGCUUAAGCCAUUUGAAUGCUGCUGUUAUUGGUUUAGGAGACUCAUCAUACAUGUUAUAUAAUGUUGUUGGCAAAAAACUGUUCAAGAGAUUGCAAUCACUUGGAGCCAAGAUGAUCCUUGAUUUAGCUUUGGGUGAUGAUCAACAUGAUUUAGGAUUAUGGGCUUCUGUCACGCCAUGGUUACAAGAGUUUUGGGAUAAAGUAAAACAAUUGGUGCCGUUGACAAAAGGAUUGAACCCAGAUGAUAUCAUUUUUGAACCUAGCUAUCAAGUUGAUGUAUUGGGUUGCAAUGAGUACAAGCCUGAUAUACCAAAACCCCAAGUAAACUCAGGUUCAAUCAUCUGUAAUGAACGAGUUACGCCAAGCAGUCAUUUUCAAGAAGUGAGAUUCAUUAAAAUUUGCAUCAAUAAUGAACCAGAUCUAAUUUACCAGCCUGGCGAUGUGGUUUUAAUUCAUCCAAAAAAUUUUCCCGAUGAAGUUGCAAUUUUUUGUAGUCUUUUAAAUUUGAAUCCUUCAAUGAAAUUUCGCUGUAGACAAUUAGACAUGAAUUUUACCGAAUAUGGUCACAAUAAUCUUCCAGAAUUUUUAGAUGUACAUACACUUGUAACGCAGCAGUUAGAUAUACAUUCAGUUCCAAAGCGAUCUUUUUUCGAUUUACUCUGGAGAUUCAGUGAAGAUGAUUUGGAGAGAGAAAAACUACGCGAAUUCGCUUCUACUGAAGGCCAACAAGAACUUUAUAACUACUGUCAUAAACCCAAGCGAAAUAUUUUAGAGGUUUUACAAGAUUUUCCUCAUACAGCUUCAAAGAUUCCUUUAAAUUAUCUUUUUGAUCUAAUACCAGGAAUUCGACCUCGAGCCUUUUCCAUAGCAUCUUCUAUGAAAAUGUAUCCCAAUGAAAUUCAUCUGUUGGUGGCUGUUGUUAAAUUUAAGACAAAGCUUCGAUCACCAAGAACUGGUCUCUGUUCAAACUAUUUGGCUCAGCUUGUUAAAGGUGACUCUAUUAAUCUUACGAUUAGACGUGGAGAAUUCAAAAUACCUCAUAGCGACCCGCUGAUAAUGGUUGGUCCAGGAACAGGAGUUGCUCCUUUUCGAUCGAUCAUCCAAGAACGGUUCAUGGAUAAAAUACCUGACAAUGUCCUUUUCUUCGGCUGUAGAUUUAGUAACGCAGACUAUUAUUUCAAAGAUGAAUGGGAAGAAUAUCAAUCGAAAUCUCAUCUCCAGGUUUUCACCGCAUUCUCUCGUGAUAACCCUGCAAAGAAAUGGUAUGUUCAAGAUGAAAUGCUAGCGAAUCGUUCAAUUAUUGAGGAUUUUAUAAUUAAAAGAGGUUCAACUCUUCUUAUCGCUGGAAGCUCUAAUCAAAUGCCUGAUGAUGUGAGAAACUGUGUCAAGAAAAUAAUUAUCGAUUGCAACAAUCAAAUAGGCGAAGAUGAAGCAGAAAAGCUUGUAUGUAAACUUGAAGCGUGUAGAAAGAUUCAGUAUGAAUGCUGGUCUUGAUUAGUCUUUUAUUAAUUAAAUACUUUGCCUUAACAAUCACUUCAAAUUAUUCCAUUAAGAAUUGAACAUGAGAUUCCUGUUUUCAAAGUGCCUUUUAGAUAUUAGCGGGAAGUUAAUUGUCCUUUACAUCCAAUGUCCAAACCAUAAAGAAGUUUUAUUAUGAAAUCAUUUAAUCCAUAUUGGUAAUAAUAAAUUAACUAACUUGAAACAACUCUCAAAAAUCUCAAUGUAAACUGGAAGGUAAAAUCAAAUAAACCGCCUCCCAUCUAUAAACGCAAACCUCAAAAUCUAAACAGAAACACAUGAUUUUGUCCUUGUUUUGAAUAACAAAAGUUAAAAUCAAUGACUUCACCAUUAAUUAAUUAUGAUUUUAAAUUUGCUAUGCAUUAAAGUGUUUAAAAGUUUGGUGACCCUCUCAGAGUAAUUUUGUAAUUUUAUAUAUAUUCCACUGCUAUCUGUAUAUAUUAAUCAAAGCUUGCCGAAUUGACAUUAAUCAUGAAUUUUAUGAAAGCAGCUUACCGUUGUACCAUUUUAAAUGAAACACUAAAAGUUGCUCAAAAUCAAAUGAGAUGUCUUCAAGUCUCUAAAGCUCUUUUAUCAACCAAACGAGCUGGAAAAGCAAGCAAUUCCGAGCUCAUUCGUUUAUAUGAUUCGUCUGGUCAGGUUAUCGGAACCAAAUCUAAACAAGAAGCUGAAAAUAUUGCUAAAAAGAAUGGUUUCACUUUAGUGCCUAUGGAAAUUCUAGGGAAACCCAAAUUUCCUGAAUUUCAAUUGAAGCCGCGGCAUGAAGAAUCGGUUAUUUUUGGUGAUGAAAAGGACGAAGACCUAAAUGACAAACAAGAGCCAGAAAAAACUAGUACAGAACCACGAAGACCCAAAGAAAUUAAAAGAAUAACGUUUGAAACAUCAAUUGCUUCAGCUGAUCUCAAAGUUAAAAUGGAUUCAAUUAAUAACUGGAUUACAAAAAACAAAGAAGUGCAUUUAAUUGUGCAAGGACAAACUGGCACAUCAAUGGAUACUUUUUUCAAAAAAAUCAGUGAAAAACUAGUUGAAGAGGUUCGGAUUUUGCAUAAAAAACAGAAGGGCAAUAAUUUAAAGCUCAUUAUGGAUAAAAACCCUAAAUUUGUAUCUACACAUUCACCUGAUGAUUCUAGCGAAAAGGAUCGAAAGUACUCUUCAGACGAUUAUGAAAUUGAUCCGGAAUUGUUGAAAAAUGAUGUUGAAUUAGAGAAGCUUUUGUCAAAGAAUAAAAAAGUUAAAUAACAAAUAACGCAAAUUUGUAAAUUGGAACAUUUCAUUUUAUGUACAGUGAACCAUACAAAGAAUUUCGAUGUAACUGUUUAACAUGGAAACGUUUCAAUUGGA